UAACUUUAGUAGUGUUUACGAUUUUAUGCGAUCAAGUCGUUACUUUCGGCGUGCAGAAGUCAAAGGCGGUCAUCUAUGAUUGAAAACGAUCAAAAACUUUAAACUAAAUAUUAUCGACUGGGAAAUUUUCUUACAGAAAUAACAGAACAGAAUGAACGCGCUUAAGCAAUUGAUUAUGAUAUUUGUGAUAUGUGUUUAUUUAUUUUGCUUUUACUUGUCACCAUAUUUUAUAUACUGGUAUACUGCAAAAGCAAUUCUCUUCGGCGGUUUAAUUGUUAAAACUGUGCUCAUUAGCUAUGUCAUUUACAUUUUGGUGAGCUAUUUCGUCUACCACAAUACUUUGGAUGGCAUCGGCUUCUACUUUUUACGCUCGAAAAAAUUUGUUGGCAUUACACGCGAUUACUUUCCUGUCGAAAUACGGAAGACUGCAGAGCUUCCACCAAAUCGAAAUUAUGUGUUAGCACAUUUUCCACAUGGAAUACUUACCAUCGCAUUGGCGAUAAAUUUACUCCUCGACAUAGAACCUUUUCUACGCUUAUUCCCUGGUAUUCGGCCCAAGGUCGCCACCUUAAAUAUCAACUUUGGCACACCAUUUCUACGUGAAAUGAUACGUUUGUUUGGCUAUAUAUCAUCCUCUAAGCCAGCAUUGCUACAUUAUCUACAAAAAUCCAAUGAUCCAACACAUCCCGACAAUUCAGAUGGUUACACAUCAUAUAUGGUGGCAUUAUCUGUAGGUGGUACGCAGGAAGCAAUGCAAACUAGGCCUGGUGAAUAUCUUAUUGUAUUGAAGAAGCGCAUGGGUUUCGUCAAAUUAGCUAUACAAACGGGAUCACCAAUAGUGCCUUCUUUUGGUUUUGGUGAUAACGAUAUUUAUACGCCUUUAGAUAAAACGUGGUUUAGACCAGUACAAAUGUUCUAUAAAAAGUUGUUCCGCUAUGCACCUAUGCUCUUUAAGGGGCGUGCAAAUACCGUUGUGCCAUAUAGAAAGAAAAUAACGCUAGUGGUUGGCAGCCCUAUUGAUGUAAAAAGAACUGCAAAUCCAGAUCCGGCAUAUGUCGAAGAGAUACACGCAAAAGUUGUAGAGGGCGUGCGCCA